ACAAUGGAAGAGGCAGAAGGGAAGGCAUUUUGCCAGAUUGUUCAAACAAUGGAAGAUUCAGGAGGGAAGGCAUCGUGCAAGAUGGUUCAACGGCCUGAGCUACUUGACUAUACUACUUCGUCGAAUCAUGCCGAUAGCACAACCAACAACACACAGCUUGUCGAUGCUGCUGCUAUAGAGUCACGCCAACGUGAUGAUCAAUACCAAAAGCUUACAAAAUAUGAUGGGGAUAGUGCUACACUAGUUAUAGAUCCUGUCACUGCUACAAAAUAUGGUAUUGAAGUUUCACACGAUUCUCUUGCUACUUGCUGGGAAUGCGGCCAAAAGAUUAUGAAAGGAGAGGUUCAUGUAUUCUUAAGGGUCGAGGGACAAGCCAGUAAGAGAUUGGUGUUGGACCAUGCCAACUGUUUCAUGAAUUUGUACCGGCCAUCUAUCCAAGUGGAGAAGUUGGCUGGAUGGGAAACUCUUUCAGCUUGUGAUCAGACAGCUGUUCUUUUACUGGUCAAGAAGGUUCCUCCUGCAGCACUAACAGACAUUAAAGAUAUGGGAAAAGAGGAUAGAGAAUUCCCACAAUCAGCUUCUAAAGCCGGUACAAAACGUAGGAAAGAUGUCGAUGGUGAUCAAAAUUUAAAAGCUGCCAUGGCUGAAGAAGAUGUGAUGAGUAGCAGGGCUGCAUUUGCAUCUGAAAAGAACACUAAUGAUUGGGAACCUAAACUUAUGGCUCAAUCCAAAUACUCGUGGUCUUUAGCAGAAGAGUGUAAAAGGGAUUGCCAAUUUGGAACAGAAAAGAAGCUUCAACUUGAGCCAAUCAAUGCUAAAGCCCUACCUGAGACAUCAUGCAAAACUAUGCCUGAAGCUUCUGGUGCACCAGAUUUUGUGGGGGCUGCUAGUACAUGGUCGGCAACAGAGUCAAAGGAAGAAUGCAAGGACAAAAAAGAGGCAUUGAGUGAUUAUAUUAUUGACAAGAUCGAUAAAGAUAUUGCAGACAUGGCAGAUAAGGGUUGCACAAUUGAUAAUGGAGGAGUGGAUUACAAACUUUUUCUGCUGAGUAAGGCAUGGGGGUAUAUGAAAGAAAGGAGGCUUCUACUCAAGCAAAUCGAUGCCGAAGCCACACCAAAGACGACAACAUGUAAAGCUAUGGCUGAAGCUUCUGGAGCAAAAUGCAAAAGAGGUGAUGGUGAUGGUGAUUUGGAGUUGAAAGUUUCCAAAGCUAGAGGAGAGGUGAUAACUAUAUCACUUGAAUCUGUAAAAACUUCCAAUGAUUUGGAAAACAGUAAGCUGGAGGCUGAAUCCAAAGAAGUGCAGGGUUAGACAGAAGAAUUAGAUACAUGUGUCGAUGCCACAACCAGAGUUGGUUUCUAAAGUCAGUCGACAACGAAGAGUACAACGGAGAGUGAUUAUAUGUGCCCUGACCGGCCACGUUAUUGAUAUCAAUAACGUCUAUGAAGAACGGGACACUUUAUGAGAUUUCCUUUUAACUUGUCAUCUUCUUUUUCAAGCAACAUAUUUUGAUUUUUCUAUGUGAAUUUAAUUUGAUUGUCUUAAAGAUGGUAAUAUAUGGACCCUUAUUUCCCUCAUUAGUAAAAUUUUAUUUUUCUUGAAAAAAUUAUGAUGGAUCUUAAAAGGUUAGGUUAAAAUCUUGAUGUUUAUUGCAUAAGAUGCUGAUU